UACCACACACAAAACACAUUGUGGGCGCUCUUCGUUAUACAUUUGUAUGAAAGAGAAAGAAAUUCAUCGCUGUAUAUAUAUGCGUUUCAUGACAAUUGAGCUCAGUAAGUCAAAACUUGUAGCUAGCAUGAGUCCAUUUGAUGACAGCGGCGAGUGAUGGCGUGUGGGAAUGACAAGUCGACGGCAGACAGCGCAUCAUCUGCUGCUGAACCACAGCGCUGCAUCGUGUGUGUCGCGGAGUGAUCUUCAAGAAUACGGCAGAAAAAAAGAUCCGGUAAACCGCGAAGCACACUCGCGCAGCUGCCAAACUGAGCAAAGACCUCCUGUUUAAGAUUAAGCAGAGAGCGCACCGAACAGAGAGCGCAGAUGCACUUGGCUAAAUCAAUUCCAAUAAUUAAUGAAAUAAUUAUACAUUUACUCUCACUCGUCGCGACCCACCAUUAACAGGUCCGCGACCCACUUUAAGAAAGGCUGAACUAAAUAGUUUAUGAAUGCUGGUGCAAAUGUAAGACGAAUAGACCACCUCCAGAAAUGAAGCUUCAAAACUAAAUGCAUUGUAUUUUGAGUUAAAAUCCUGCCUAAUUGUAAUUUUCCAUUGGCUACUACUGGUAAGACAACAGUCACCUCCCUGUAUCCACGAGACAGGAAGUGUCGAUGACCAUAGAAUAUAGAAAAAGUGACAAAGCAACGUAGGUCUACAGUAAUUAUCAAAGGUCAGAAAAUCCAGCGUUCUAUCAUCUGAGUAGGGUGCCAAUGACUAUAAUGUUGGAUUGUAGCCUACAUGAUUCUGUAUAAUAAACAAUGUUGCAAAAAAAAUGCCUGUUUGUGCUACACUGUGUCCAAUGAUAUCUGCCGCCAGGGGGACUCGACCCGCGCUGAACAUACUUCCCAAAUUCCAACUAGAACCUGGAGGUCUCUCUGAUCACUGCUAUCUUGGCCUAAUGUCUGUCCGGGUGCCAUCCAUGAGUGUGCUGCCUCCUGUUCGAAGGGACCGCAUCAUUGCCCAGCUUCCUCAGUUUUACAGUAAGAAGGCUGCUGUGCACACUAAAGAUGAGUUCAACUCCAAAGUGAAGACUGCCUGCCAGGAGCAACGCACUGGCACAGUAGGUAGGUUUAAAAUUGCUAAGGUCAUAGUGGUUGGUGACCUGGCUGUGGGAAAAACAUGUCUGAUUAAUAGGUUUUGCAAGGAUGCAUUUGACAAGAACUACAAGGCGACCAUUGGUGUUGACUUUGAGAUGGAGCGGUUUGAAGUGUUGGGGGUGCCUUUCAGCUUACAGUUGUGGGACACUGCAGGGCAGGAGAGGUUCAAGUGUAUUGCUUCCACAUACUACAGGGGAGCUCAGACUAUUGUUAUUGUGUUUGAUGUAAAUGAUGUGGCAUCUUUGGGCCAUGCAAGACAGUGGCUUGAAGAUGCAUUGAAGGAGAAUGAUCCUACCAAUGUCCAGCUUUUCCUGGUGGGCACAAAGAAAGACCUAAGUUCUCCUGCUCAGUACGCUCAGAUUGAACAGGAUGCCAUCGAACUGGCUGAGGAAAUCAAAGCUGAAUAUUGGGCCUUGUCAUCAUUGACUGGGGAAAAUGUGAGGGAGUUUUUCUUCCGUAUUGCAUCAUUGGCAUUUGAGGCCAACGUUCUGGCAGAGCUAGAGAAGAGUGGAUCAAGGCACAUUGGGGACGUUAUCAAAAUUAACAGUAAUUCAAACAACGUGUAUGCAACAUCAAAGAAGAAACAGUCAAACUGUUGUCAAUGAAGACAAACACGUGACUACUACAGUUAAAAGGUACCAAAGCAAAAAAACAUUUACUCAGAAGAGAAACUGAGAACCACGGACCACUCCCAGACACAUGGAAUUUGCAGUGAGAGCUAGCAGACGGGACAGAGACUUUUGCUUCCACAGUCAUUUGAUUUUCAUUUCUGCUGGCCCAGAAAGAACAGCCCCUUGGUUGGAUGUGGAUUCCUGUGGUGUUUGGCUUAUUUUUGCCUAUCUAUAGUUUCGGGAAUAGAAUUUCCUCUAUGUCAUUGCACUCCAUACUGUACAAUUCCAGUUUUUGAGUGUUGACAGAUUAUCGCGUCCCUGCUUAAAUGGUUAUGGAGUAUGGACAAUCAUGGAUGUCUUCAAAUACCUAAUAUGGAUAUUUUUAAGACACCACCAUUAGGCCUAUUAGAGUUUUUACAGUGUUUUGUCUAGUGUUGUUUGCAUGCUAUAUGUUUUUUGCACAAUUUGUAACCAUAGCAUAGAUGGAAACUCAUGACUCCACCCUGGGAGGUUAUAUUAUGCUAGCUAAGGAGUAUGAUUUCAUUGUUUGGAUAGUCCUAUUUUUAGCAGCACAGAGGCGUUCAUACAGUAUGAGAGAUGUGUAUUACUCAGAUGUACCUCAUCUACGUUAGAGACAAUAAUAUAACUGAGAUUUAUUCAUUUUCAAUUAUAUGCGAUAUUUGAAUGACUGAUCUUAUAUUAUCCCUCUAGUUGAAUAUCAUAAUCAGAGUGAAAUGUGCAUACAUAUGUCUAGUUGUCCUUUUAGACAAUAAUGAUUAUUUCAGUUUUUUUUCUUAUAUGUUUAAUUGCAGAUGUAAGUUUUGACUCUAUAAAGAUAUACUGUGUAUCAAAAACUACUACACUUAGCUCUAUAAUAUAGAUAUAAGCUUUAAAAUCACUGCUCUGUAUCAAAUCAAACUGCUGUUUACCUUUAAUUAGACUAAUUCAAAGUUAUUAUUAAAAGUCCUAUAUAGGAUGUGUCACUAAUCUGUUAUUCAAUUAUGUUUUAUAACUGUUUGUCAUAUUAGCCAGGGCCUCUUAAUAUGAAACAAUAAUACAUAAGGUCGCUAGUGAAAGUCUACACACCCUUUGCACAAUCUUCACAUUUUGCUUCCUUAAAAUACAAAUACAAAACAUUUAUUCAAUUAAAUCUUUUUUCCUGUCAAUCUACACGACCUACUCCACAUUUUCAAAGUUAUUUAUGUUGUUGGUUCUAAAUGACUAAGAAAUACAACAUUAGGAUUGUUGUUGUAUAACCUUUAUUUAACUAGGCUAGUCAGUAAAGAACGGCAGGGUAACCUAGUGGUUAGAUCGGUGGACUAGUAACCGGAAGGUUGCAAGUUCAAAUCCCAGAGCUGACAAGGUACAAAUCUGUCGUUCUGCCCCUGAACAGGCAGUUAAUCCACUGUUCCUAGGCUGUCAUUGAAAAUAAGAAUUUGUUCUUAACUGACUUGCCUAGUUAAAUAAAGGUAAAAUAAAAAGAACAAAUUCUUAUUACAGGGGCUGGGAUUAAAAAAAUAGAUGAAAAAAAUAGACAACAACAACAAGACAACAACAUAGCUAGGCAGCAACACAUGACAACAACAUGGCAUAUCAUGGAAACUAUCACGCCCUGACCUUAGAGAUCAUUUUUAUGUCUCUAUUUUGGUUUGGUCAGGGCGUGAGUUGGGGUGGGAAUUCUAUGUUCUUUUUCUAUGUGUUUCUAUUUCUGUGUGUUUGGCCGAGUGUGGUUCUCAAUCAGAGGCAGCUGUCUAUCGUUGUCUCUGAUUGAGAACCAUACUUAGGUAGCUUUUUCCCACUGGGUUUUUGUGAGCAGUUGUUUUCUGUUUUUGUGUCUGCACCAGACAGAACUGUUUCGGUUGUUCUCUUUGUUGUUUUGCAAUUCAGUGUUCAGUUCAACUAAUAAAAGAUGAAGACAUACCACGCUG